UAAGGGGCUUGUCGACCGGAAAUCUUUGAAUGAUACGAGUGUAAAAAGUCGGUACGCAUUCAUUUGAAAAUGGCUUGCAUGGGUUUCUUUAGUCGUGCUGUUCGUUUUCUUUGUUGUGGCUUCGUGCCUUCUACGCAGGAAGAGCUUACGGACCUCAGCUCUGAGCCGGUGCCUGUCAUCGUGAUUCGAAGUGAGAUCCAGGAUGAGGAUGAGGAACCCACUCCUUCCCUGGCGGUGGAGUGGAUGAAUGAUGAUGAGCCAGUAGAUGUUGUGUCCUUGGUGCAGCCUGGGCCAAGUUGUGAGGGGAUGGUAUUUUCUUUUUCUAAUCCUAUGGUUGAGACCUCUUCUCCGGUGGCUGUUGAGGUCCAGCCACAGGAUGUUGGUCAGGCUGUGGUGGAGAAGACUUGCCCCACUUUCCUGUCUGUGAGUGAGCCACAGCCCAUAGAGAACGUUCUACCUAGAACCACAGACCAGGUCUUGAUGGUGCAAGAGCAGCCAGGUCCCGUGUUUGUUGUGGAGUUGCUCCCAACACUGGCCGUUAGUUUCCUUGGCCCAGAUAAGGAACUAGUUGGUGCGGACAAGGAUGGGAACGGGGACCCUGGCAGGUUUGGUGUAGGUGAGACAUUUUCUUCUUCUUAUCCUACGGUUGAGACCUCUUCUCCAGUGGCUGUUGAGGUCAAGUCGCAGGAUGUUGGUCAGGCUGUGGUGGAGGAGACAUGUCCCGUUUUCCCGUCUGUGAGUGAGCCACAGCCCAUAGAGAACGUUCAACCUAGAACCACAGACCAGCUCUUGAUGGUGCAAGAGCAGCCAGGUCCUGUGUUCGUUGCGGAGUUGCUCCCAACACUGACCGUUAGUUUCCUUGGCCCAAAUAAGGAACUAGUUGGUGCAGACGAGGAAGGAAACGUGGACUCUGGCAGGUAUGAAUGUGUAGGUGAGACAUUUUCUUCUUCUUAUCCUACGGUUGAGACCUCUUCUCCGGUGGCUGUUGAGGUCGAGUCGCAGGAUGUUGGUCAGGCUGUGGUGGAGGAGAUAUGCCCCGUUUUCCCGUCUGUGAGUGAGCCACAGCCCAUAGAGAACGCUCUACCUAGAACCACAGACCAGCUCUUGAUGGUGCAAGAGCAGCCAGGUCCCGUGUUUGUUGUGGAGUUGCUCCCAACGUUGACUUUCAGCUUCCUUGGCCCAUAUAAGGAGCAAGUUGAUGUUAAGGAGCACGGACACAGGGACUCUGGCAGGUAUACAGGUAAAACUGACUUGGAGCAGGAUGAUGGUAAGAGUUGUGUUGGGUAUGAAGGUACAGCUACAGCAGAGGAUGACCAGGUUGUUUGGGAUCGAACCAGUGUCUCGGAGCUGCUUGAUGUAGGAGACGACGGCAGAUUGGACACUACGUACGUGAUAGAGUCGACGAGCGAGGACUCUGUGGAGGAGAGUCUGAACACCACGUACACAUUAGUGUCGUUGGAGGACAGAUUAGAUAGGACGUUCACUGUUGACACUUGGGAGUGUUUGAACAGAACGUUCAUUAGUGAUGAGUAUACUGUGUAUUUCUCAACAGAUGGUGAUGAACCUCCAGUGUUUCCACCAGUUGUUGAUGAGGUCUCUGACUUUGAUGAUUUGCUUAGGUGGUAUCUUAGGGAAUGGAACGGUGAUGUGCUCAGAAUGUAUCCAUCAAGAACAAGACAAAGAAGGGUUAUAUGUUAAGAUACUAUUUUACUCUUCAAACUUGGUAUGCCAGAUAUGUAUACUCAGAUCAAAGGUGUCAUAACUUUUUAAUUGAUAUUUCAAGGUUAGUUAGGAACUCUAAUAUAAAAAUAUGUUCUACGUUCUACUCUUCCUCCACAAACCUAGACAUGACUAUAUCUAGAUGACCAGGGUAGAAUCACUAACCUGCUAUAAGCCAACUGGAUGUCUUCCUCAUAUAUCUUUAAAGUUCAUCAUUCAAAUAUCAUUAUUCUUCCAAUCACAUUUAUCCAUUCUCUCAUUAUUUUUGCUUUCAAAUUACUGUUAGGAAUAAAAAUAAGAAAUUAAUAAGUACAUUAAUUUUGUUUCUAUCAUUAAA